AUGGCACGCAUUAGGCAAACAGCCCGCCGGAGCAUCCGGGCGCUCAUAACCCUGACCAGGUUUUACCUGCCUCUCGACCAGGAGUGGCCUGCCUGGCCUGCGGAGGAGGGUUGCGAUCCCCACGCUGGACCACUUGAGGGCGUUGAAGGCGCCCAUAGUAUGCGAAUGGGGCGGCUGAUUGAUGACCCUGAGCAGGCCGUUUAUAUUAUUGACUGGAGCUUAUUGCAGCAUUUCAAAGCCUUCUAA